GUACAAGAAGUCAUCUGUCAACCGUUAACCAUUAAAAAAAAUUGGUUAAUAGAUUUUAGGUCUUUUGUUUUCUCUUUUGCGUGAUUUCUUCAAUUGUAACGUGUGUGUAAUGUUUUCGUUUCGGCCGGCGGUCACCAAAUUAUUUUUAUAAGCAUUAUUAUUAAAAUUGUGGCAGUUUUCCUGUUAUUUUCCAAAUGCAGCACGGCUACACUCUCGUUAUCUUCUCAUAUAAAAAACAGAGAUUAGCAACUUUACCCAAGAUUCCAAAGAAGUGUUUAUAGUGUAUAUUCGUUUCUUCAUCUGUUAAACCUUUGGUUGUUUUAUCUUAUAAGCGAUGGCUAUGAGGAAGAGAAGUGGAUCAGGGUCUAAAAGACACCUUAAAGAAAAAGUUGUACAAAUUUAUGAAUCAUUCUUCAGAGGAGAAGACUUAACGAGCGAUAACCCUACAUUUUGGGAUGAAUUUUUUCUUCUUAAACCGAAAAUUCCACAAUUAGAGGCUGAAAUACAUAAAUUGUCAGUUGAACAACUUGACAAUAUGAAGGACAAUAUAAAUAUGCUUGUAGCACAAUGUAUUGAAAUGCUUGGGCAAGAACAUCAUAUUAGACUUGUGUAUGCUCUUCAAACAUUCAGUGCACUUUUGACAACAAUGUAUCAACGAGCCUCACAGGACUCCAAUAUAAAUAUUAAGAUGAUUUUACUUGGCAAUGAUGAUUUUAAGAUGCAAAAAUUAUUAGAACACUGCAGUACUGUUUUGUCAGGUGAUGUUCCGGACAGUCUUAAAUCUAUGGUUUUAAAACUACUUCUGGUAAUAGCAACUGGAGUAGAUAACAUUGAUGAUAAUCCACUAAUGGAAUAUUUAAUGUUGCAUUCUUUGUUUGAACCACUUAUUCAACUAUUGUGUACUUCAACCGAGAGGCAGCAACAUGGUUAUGAUGUUGUAUUAUUAUUAAUGUUUUUGGUUAAUUACAAGAAACAUGAGUCGGCUAACCCAUAUGUAGUCAAGUUGUCUAUUCUUGACGAUGAAUUAGCUUUAAAUGGGUAAGCAUAUUAUUAUACAUUUUACUAAGUAAUUAGUUACUAAAAUUAGAAAAGCAGUAGGUGAUAUUUUCGUAUUAAGUAAAUAAAUUAGGUAUUAGAAAUUUUUAACAGUAUGUUAACAGUCAGCUGCUCAAUUUCUCCUUUAAAGUCUUUCCGACAUCUCUGAUAUACCUAAAUCGUCUUGCCUGAGAGACAAUUAGAUAUUUUACUAUCACGUAGAUAUUAUACACCAUAUCUCAUCAACGUCUCGUACAACAGAGAUGCAAAUUUCUAGCUGUGAACUCUUACAGGAAGAUUUAAACAAGAAUCCAAAAUUAUUAUUCUGUAAAGAUUAUAUUCCUUACAUUCUAUAUUAUAUAUUUUUUUACAUUCUAUAUAAGUAUAAUAUAGAAUGUAAGAAAUGUAUUAAAUAUUCUAUAUUAAUGGAUUAUAUACAUUCCAUUCAAUUUAUGCAUUGUGGAAUACAGACCACAAAUCCUUACAUAUCUUAUAUUCAUAAGAAUAUAUGUAUACUCUUAGGCUGUGAGGCAUUUCAUUUUAGUCCUCAUGGGUGAUAUCGCAUCUGUAACUUUCUUUGUUUGGAGUCGGUUGCAGAUGUCAAUGGCCUGCUGUGGCCACUUACCACAGCUGGACUGUAAAUUCAAUUGAUAUUCAUCAUCAUCAUCAUCAUUACAGCCUUUCAUAAGUCCACUGCUGAACAUAGGCCUCCCCCAAGGAAUGCCACAAAGCACGGUCCUGAGCCACCUGCAUCCAUCGACUUCCUGCAUGUCUUACCAGGUCGUCACUCCAUCUCGUGGCGGGUCGCCCUACACUUCGCCUACCGGUACGAGGCUGCCACUCAAGAACCUUUCUUCCCAAUCGGUUGUCGGUUCUUCGAGCUAUAUGGCCAGCCCACUGCCACUUCAGCUUACUAAUCCGUUGGGUUAUGUCGGUUACUCUGGUUCUACUGCGGAUAUACUCAUUUCUGAGUUUAUCACGCAGAGAAACUCCGAGCAUAGCCCUCUCCAUAGCUCGCUGAGCGAUCUUGAGCUUCCUCAUACGGCCAGCAGUGAAGGACCACGUCUCAGAUCCGUAAGUCGGCAACACGCACUGGUUGUACAAUUUCGUUUUAAGGUUUUGAGGUAUGUCUGACGAGAAGAUGUGUCGUAGUUUUCCGAAUGCUGCUAGCCGAGUUGAAUCCGUCGAUUGACCUCUCAGUCGAAGUUGGACUUACCUAGUCGGACUAUUUGUCCCAGGUAAACAUACUCGUCAACAACUUCGAGCUUAGUGCUCCCAACAACUACCGGCAUAGGUGUGACAUGGACAUUAAACAUGAUCUUUGUUUUGUCCAUGUUCAUCCUAAGACCUAUUCGUUGGGCACGUAAGCACCAUGCUCAAUCAAAUGAUAAUCAAAAAAAAAAUCAAAAUGCUCAAAAAACGCGGCAGCUUUUGCUGUACGCACGGAUGGGCCGGCUCAAACCGGAGUGGUACCACGACCUCACAGAAUACUAGCGUGAAGUAGAGGUUGACCUCUGCGUUUCGUUUGGUGAGUGCAGGUGGCCGGAGGCCCUUUUUACUGGAAAUGAGGCAAUCCAUCUUAGUCCUCACGGGUGACAACGCAUCUGCAUUUUGAUUCGCAAACGAGGAUACAUGUAGAUGUCUAUGGGCCGCAGUUACCACUUACCAUCAGGUGGACUGUGUGCUCGUUUGUCACCCUUAUCCUAUAUAAAAAUAAAAUACCGUAUCCUUUCCAGUUCAGAAGCUUGAAAACGUCUUCCAAUGCAGCGGUGAAGAGUGUCGGGGGUAUAACUGUCUUACACCUCUCUGCAAUUGGAUAGGUUUCGUACUCUGGUUCUGUACUCGGAUAGCUAUCGUAGCUCUACUGUACAAACACUUCAGCAAUUCGAUAUACCGACAGUCAACUUGGCACCGCUGAAGGGACUGCAGCACCGCCCAAAUUUCGACGGAAUCAAAGGCUUUCUCAUAGUUAGAGGGCAAUGAAAAAUAGGGCAGGUAAUGGGGGAGUCAAAACAACCUCAUACCAAGCAAUGUUUGGUUUUCCAAUGAAAAUUAAACUAAUUGUGGAACAAUAUAUCACCGCCGAAAAUGUAAUUUGGAGAGUUACAAAGGCAUAGUGGCAAACUGUACUCCUCGGACUUCUGUACAAUUUGCCGAAGGGUAUGUAUGUGGUCUAUGGUGCUAAAGCCCUUUCGGAAACCGGCUUGUUCCGGAGGUUGGAAGUCGUCAAGUCUGCGCGCGAGACGAUUCGUAAUGACUCUCGAAAACUGCACGUAGACGCGGCUCAGAAGGGAAAUCGGUCUGUAGUUCUUCAAGAGAGCGUUGUCACCUUUUUUGAAGAACAAGACCACCGCACUUCUGCUCCACGCCUCCGGUGUAACGCCACCAUGGAGGACGGAAUUAAAGAGCCUCUUAAGGACUUCAAGUACAGGUCUUCCACCCGCUUUCAGAAGCUCCGCUGUAAUUCCAUCCUCGCCUGGGGCCUUGCCGUUUUUAAGGUGCUGGAGAGCCAUUCUAAUCUCGCUCAGACUGACGUCCGGGAUAUCUUCGGAAUAGUGUCGGUUAAGACUCGCUCUUGGAUCGUUACUCACACUUGCGUGUGGCUCCAAUGAUGAUGUGUACAGCUGCCCAUAGAAUCUCUCAAUCUCCCUCAAAAUCUCAGGUGCCCCGGAAACGAUGCUACAAUACUCGGUCUUCAGCUUUGACAGAUGGAUCUUUCUGGCAGACAGAUCUCUGGCAAAGACAUUGGACCCUUGGUUCCGCUCGAUCGCUUCUUCAAUACAAGCUGUAUUGAAGUUGCGUAAGUCCCGCCGCAUGCAUUUGGAGAUAUUAUAUGAUAUUCACUAUGACUAUAAUUUAAAUUCAUAAAAUUUUAUAAAUAUAUUCUACACCAUACCAAAAAACUCUGGUACAUGUUAAUACACAAAAUGUUACAAACGAAUUGGCCAAUACUGAUUUUUCAACCAUCUUUGAAACCAAAGAUGCUAAUCUUGCCGCUGAUAUAUUAAUCUCCAAGAUUUAUACAUGCAUCACGCAAAACACCAAGUCUGUCAAAGUCUCGUGUAGAAAACGUAUACUAAAGCCCUGGAUUACACCCGGACUCCUAAGGUGCAUACAAAACCGCGACAGCUUGCAUAGC